AUGGAAGAUGAAGAGCGUGCUCAACGUGUUGCCCAUUUUCAAGAAGAGUUGGAGUCUCUGAAAACAAGCAUGGCUCGCCUCAUUAGCUUACUCGAGCAAACAAUGAGAAAUACCGCUGCCCUGACAGUCAUGGAGGCAUCUGCUAACGAUUCCCACCAGGCUAAGUCAUCUGCUAGCAUUGAUCAAGCUAAGAUAAAGGCGCUGGAAGCCAGACUCAAAGUCAUUGAAGGGGUAGACUUAUAUGAUCUAGUAAGGGCAGUAGAGAUGUGUCUAGCCCUAAAUGUGGUUGUCCCGAAAAAUUUUCGCGUUCCUGAAUUCAUCAAAUACAGUGGAACACAAUGCCCCAUGACUCAUCUCAAGUCUUACUGCAAUAAAAUGGAAGAGUACAAGUACAAUAUGGAAAUUGCUCCUGACAGAACUAGCUUGUCCAAUAUAGAGAAAAAAGACAAAGAAAGUAUAAGGGAAUAUGCUCAAAGAUGGCGGGAAUCAGCUGCUCAAGUACAUCCUCCACUUCUGAACACAGAGAUGGUCUCUUUAUUUGCCAAUACACUCAAAGCACCAUAUUAUGAACAUGUGAUGGGUAGUUCGGCCCAGCAAUUCAUUAAUGUUGUGGUAGUGUGUGAACACAUAAAGCAAGGUGUCAAUAGUGGUAGAAUUUCUGCACCCACCGAGAAAAGAGGCUUCGAGAGAAAAGAGGUCCACCAUGUUGAAGAUGGCUACAAGGGUAAGAAAAAUUCAUCCCAAAACUACCACACUCCAUCCCAGAUUACCAACAUCAAAAAACCUAAGCCCAAUAACUUUCAAGCCAAAAGCCAAAUUGGAAAUUACCAAACUGUUCAAGAACAAUUACCUUCAUAA